AUGGUCGAUUGUUACAUGAAGCUGUUCCUGGAAUUCCUCAAGUGCCUUUUUACCCAGGUGUUCCUGUUCUUCGUCUGCGGCCCCAUCUGCGCGUGUGUGAGACAGACAGCCAAGAUGACAAAGAAGCGCCGUAACAAUGGACGCAACAAGCAUCACCGCGGUCACAACAAGUUCAUCCGCUGUGACAACUGCGGUCGCGCUUGCCCCAAGGACAAGGCCAUCAAGCGCUUCCUCGUGAAGAACAUUGUUGAGCAGGCCGCUGUUCGUGAUCUUGCCGAGGCUUCCGCCUACGAGACAUACGUUCUUCCCAAGCUGUACCUGAAGAUGCAAUACUGCAUCUCCUGCGCCAUCCACUCCAAGCAGGUCCGCAACCGUUCCCACGAGGGCCGCCGCGACAGGACUCCUCCCCCUCGCUUCCGCCCCCGCGCGAGGAAGCCCCAGGGCCCUAAGCCUGAGGCUCCCAAGAAGGCAUAAGCGUCCCGCUUGCUUGCUUGCUUACUUGCUGUGGUGACGUGUUGAGUCUGUUGGUUGCUGCUCCCUUGUUUGAAUGAAGAUUCAAAGCGUUCCUUUGUUCUUUGAGUACAUCAACAACUCCCCGAGUGAACCAACGUGGAAUGAGGA